GGUCAAUGGAAAACGACUUUUGAGAAUUUCAAGAAGUCAAUUUGAGGUUUUUACUGGUUGGUGGGGUCUUUUAAACAACUUUUCUUUAUAUUUUUGUGUGCAUUCAACAGCAUACAGCAAUCAAACCUAAACUAAUUGGCUGGGGGUGCUCUUGUUGUCGUUGGGUGGGCUUCUGUUCUAGGGAUUUCACCCCCAAAUCAUGAAAUGGGACUAGCAAUUGGUCGAAGUAAUGGGGAAGGAAUUGGCAGUGAAAAUUCUAGGGAUUUCGGCCCCCAAUUUUGUGGAAUGGGACUAGAGAUUGGCUGGGAGAGUUUAGGGAUUGGGUGGGCUGCUGUUGGCAGAGAAGAAGAUCUUGCACGGCCGCUAUUGGGCGAAGAAAAAGAAGCAGAUCUUGCAUGGAGAAAGGCCGGCUAUUGGGCGAAGAAGAAGAAGCAAAUCUUGCACGGAGAAAGGCCGGUUGUUGGGCGAAGAAGAAGAAGCAAAUCUUGCAUGGAGAAAGGCCGACUGUUGCGCGGAGAAGUUGUAGGGAUGGGGUGGGCUGCUGUUGGAUGGAGAAGAAGACUUUGCACAGAAAAGAAGCAGAUUGAAAAUUCUAGGGAUUUCACCCCCAAAUCGUGGAGUGGGAAGGAAGAGGAAAGAUGGGAGAAAAAGGAAAGUGGUGGGAUUACAACAUGCCGUGUCCAAGAAUGCUUUUUAUUGUCUAGUUGGCAUGCCACGUAUUGAGUGUAUAAUGGAUUAUAACGGGCGUUAUGUUAGACUUAACGGCUGGUUAGGAUUCCAUCCAAUUGGGUCCUUAUUUGAGAAUUUGCAUGAGUUUGAGACCUUGAUUCAGCAUAACAAAUGUUGAGGACCUCA